AUGGCUGCACUUCUCAAGGAUCUCUUCGGGGGCUCCAAGCCAUCUGCGUCCCCAAUUCCCGUUGGUGAUUCAGACUUUGCCGACUUUGCUGGAGCUGCAGACCCGUCUCCAACACCGUUCUCUGCCAUACCAACCGCCCCUAGUUUCCCUGGAGCUGGAGCUGUGCCAACUGGUGCAGCUGGUGUGCCAUACACAAAGUGGUAUAACAUCCAUGAACGCCACUCUUUGAGCGAGUUCAAGCAAGAAGGCCUGAUUCUAGGUUUCCUCACGGUCAUCGCUAUAAUACAUCUUUUUGGGACGCGUGUGAAUCGCAGUAAAGCAAAGUCAUGGAUUUCUGCACAUGCGCCAACACUCAAAAAGGAGUUUGCGCUUGUUGGAUUUGGCGGCCCUCAAACCGCAACUGUUGAUGAUGUGGCAAGGGAGGGCUUGGCAAAGACCAUGGCCAACGAAAGCCUCGAUCAGCCAGUGGAAUUAUUGAAGGAAAAGUCGCCUCAGGAGUUUGCAACCUAUGCAACUGGACGCCAAAAUGUCGCCUUUUUGGAUAUCAAUCUUACGUUACUCAAGCGCUAUAGCCCCCUGAGUAUGAUCGCCGAGUUUGCCAUGGGGUUGUUCUUCGAAAGCAUGCCAUCACCGGCUGAGCGCAUGCAAGCGGUUUUAUACCCUUUUGAUGGCAGGGAGGCUCUUACUGUUCCAGGACAGAUCCCAGGCGCCCACGAGCUUCGCAAGGAUACCAAAAGCAGCUAUGACAACUUUGUGUGGGCUGUUGUGAAUAAAGAUACUAUGAAGCAGCUUCGCGAUGACAGAUACGAUGUCUCCAUUACUGGUACCAAGGAUAGCCCGAAGCUCCCAAUUUGGGCCACCGUCAUGAGCGAAAGUGCUGAAAUCACUGACUUCUUGCUUACCCCGGAACUCAUCAAAGCCAUCCAGGAUGCUAGAGAGUACUUCGACCAUCUGAUUAUCACCGAUCAACCAGUUGACCAACCCCUAACCCUUGACGAAACUAUCCCUAAGAAACGUCUCUAUCUUUCCCUGCGGCUCCCAUCUUCUGGCAACUACUCCAGCCUUCUCCCAAUAUUCGAAUACUUCAUUCGGCUAACUGACACCCUCGUCCAAUCUGCCCACUUCCGACCGGAGGUCUUGCGAAAAGUCCGGUCAACACGUGAGGAUAUGAUCAAAAAGUUGCAGAAAGCGGAUGAGGAGGAGAAGGCCGAGGAAAGGGCGGUUGAACGGGAGAAAACCAAGAAGCUAAAGAGGGACCUUGAAUUGAAGAAUUUGGAUGCCAAGGCGCAGAAGAAGUAUCUUGAAAAGGAGAAGGAGCGGGAUAUGAAGAGGAUGCAAAAGAAGCAGUCUAUGAGAGGCUAA